AUGUGCUCGAAUUCAAGUUUUUCAUAUUUUGCCACGUGGCAAUUUCAAGCGACCACUUCGCAUUUGUUGACAUUUCUAACGUGUCCCUUUAACUUGUUCUGCGGGUACUGUAUUCUGAAAAAGACGCCGAAACAGUACAAAACUGCAAAAUGGUAUUUAUUGCAUUUGCAUUCUUGGUGAGAGUUUUUUGGCGGGAAAAUUUGAAAAAAAAAGUUCUGACUUCCUCGUUUUUCAGACAAAGAUGAUAAAUUAAAAUAAUUAUAUUUCAAACAUCAAAACAUAAUUUUUGGCUCCCAAAAAUCCAAUUUUUCAGGACAAUUUUCACAGAUCUAAUUCUGGGCGCCUGCGUCACACCUCACAUGUUUUUCCCGGCGUUUGCCGGAAUCUCGACGGGGAUUUUUGCAUUUUUCGCAAUUCCCAUCCCUGCUCAAAUUUUCAUGGCUCAAAUUGCUCUUGGAGGUAUCUGAGCUAUCCAAAAAAUUAUAAUUUUUCACUCAAAAUCACGAAAUUUCAGGUCUCGCCACAUCAAUCGUUAUGAUUUUCGAGAAUCGUCAUCAUACUUUGGUGCGCGGGAAAUUCAAAUUUGAAAAGAAUUGGGCGCGUUUCCUAUUUUACACAAUUCACGGUGUCUAUAGUAUACUAUUCCUACUUCCCGUGUAUUUUCAGAUUCCCGAAGCGUAUUCAGCAAAGAUGCUAUUGCUCAGGGUAGGUUUGGGGGAGGAUUUAGCUAGAGAGGCACUUUAAAGGGGGUACGGGCUAAUCAAAAUUUCAUGGAAAAAAUUAUACCAUCAGAAAGAAGAGGUUUCGUUUAGUAUGUUCCCAAUUUUUUAUAAUUAUUUUUCACGUUUGAAUACCAUUUUUUCACGCGCAAACACGAAAAAGUUGCGCUCGACCUCAGAAUAGCAUGCAGACACGAGAGACACAGCGUAUUUAGGCCCCGCCCCCUUCCAUGCGCUGUGUCUCUCGUGUCUGCAUGCUAUUUCUCUGAGGUCGAGCGCAACUUUUUCGUGUUUGCGCGUGGAAAAAUGGUAUUCAAACGUGAAAAAUAAUUAUAAAAAAUUGGGAACAUACUAAACGAAACCUCUUCUUUCUGAUGGUAUAAUUUUUUCCAUGAAAUUUUGAUUAGCCCUUAACUCCUUUAAGGACAUUUUUCAAAAAUCUACAGUAUCUUGGACAACCCUACAGUAAUAUUACUUGGCGACAUUCAAAAUUAAAACCAAUUUUCCUCGAAUUUUCAAAAACAAAUUUGAAAAACUCACAUUUCCUCCAGUUUUCCUCGAAAUUCAAAAUCAUUCGCCUCAUAAAUUGUUUCCAUCAUUUCCAUGACAUUUUUCCUGUAAAAUAGAUUUGAGUGAAAUUUGAAUAAGUACUUUAAACGAAAGAAAAAUUCAAGAAAGAACAUUUUUUCAUCAAAUUACUUUUUGAGCACCAGUUUUUGUAUAAAACUAUUGAAAAUGAUUUAAACUUGUGUUACUUGUACUAGGAAAAGAGAUAAAUAUGAAUAUUUCAUUCAAAUUCAUCGAAAAACAACGAAAAAAACCUUGAUGACAAAAAAAACAAGAAAAUAAAAGUAGAAAUGGAAGUGCGCCCUAUUGAUAAAAAUUGCAUGUCGCGCACUCUUUUAAAAAUGUGUGUUUUUUUUUCGUUGCUUUUUUAUUAUCACCCUUUUAAAAGGGUCUAACUAGACUAUAGUCUCUCUGUUUUUCCAGGAACGUCUCCCCUGCCCGCAUCCAGAUUAUUAUCUCGACACCGUCUUCGUUUUCACCACAAAUGCCUCAACUCUCAUCGAAACCGCCGGAAUUUUCAUAAUUUUCGUGGUCUUUGAGGCGAUUUUCAUGUGCUUCCACAGCUCUUUCCACCUCUUCCGAUUCGAUGUCAAAAUUUCGGAACAGACUCGAAAAAUGCAACGAAAACUGUUUGGCGACAUGAUUUUGCAAGUUUCGGUGCCGAUUUUUGUGAUUGUUGUGCCGAUGGCGUAUUGUUUGGUGGCUAGUUGGGCGUUGUAUUAUAAUCAGGGUGAGAGAAACAAUUUUUUUUGUUUUUUUUUUCCAAAAAUAGAUUUGAAAGAGUAGAGAACGAAGUUUAGUGAUGUAGAAAGUUUUUUUUUGGAAAUUUUCUGAAAAAAAAAUACAAAUUUCUAAUUUUUUAAAAAAUAGGGGGUUUGCUAUUUAUGAGGCACAAUUUCUCCUCCACUCCAACAACAUUCUUCCAGUCCUCAACAACAUUGCCGUGAUUUUCAUUACAUCUCACGGCAUUUCCUCAACAAUCACCAUAUUUGCCACCAAUCACACGUAUCGUCAGCAUUUUUGUCACGUUAUCCUACGCCGAAAAUUAAAGCCAAGUCAAAUGCGUCGCCCAAGCACAAUUACAGUCAAUGCAGUGACGCAAUUUUGA